AUGGCUAUACCGGAGCCCUUAGAAUUGGGGCAUAAUAGUGUUGCCAUUGCCAUUGAUAAGGGGAAGAAUAGUCAAUCAGCUGUACAAUGGACCGUUGAUCAAUUUUUGAAAGGAUCAAAAGACUUCACUGUUGUCCUUGUUCAUGUUAAAACCCACAAUUAUCAUUCUCAGACGAAUUAUGGUCCUACUGGUUCAACCCCAUCCGACUCUGAAGUGAAACAACUAUUUCUUCCUUACCGUGGAUAUUGUGGUCGAAAAGGGAUAAGUGCGUACGAGGUGGUACUCCAUGAUAUCGAUGUGGCAAGUGCACUUAUCAGUUACAUUGCGGAACACUCCAUUGGCAAUAUUGUUGUUGGCGCUUCUAACCUCAACGCUUUUACAAGGAGGUUUAGGCCGCAAGAUGUACCUACAAGUUUGGAAAAAUCAGCACCGGACUUUUGCACCGUAUAUGUUAUCUACAAAGGAAAGAUACACUCAAUGCGUGCUUCUAAUAUUUGUCAAGUACCGUCUUCUAAUUUGAACGCCAAAACCACAAGGUCUAACAAGUCUGGAAGCUCUAAGUCUAGUUACAGCAAUGGCACCGACAAUCAAUCCAACACCUCAGGCCAUUCGUCUUCUAGAUCACAAGGAUCUUCCAGAUCGAAAGGUAUGGGGCAAUCAAAUAGUCCAUACAGGAGCACUAGAAAUGAUAAUAAUGCCACCAGAGCGCAAGGUACAGGGCGUCCAACUAGUCCAUACAACAACCCGGCUAGUCCAUACAACAACCCUGCUAGUCCGUACAACAACCGUAUAGGUAGUCCAUACAACAACCCUAUAGGUACUCCGUACAACAACCCUAUAGGUAGUCCAUACAACAACACUAAAGAAGAUAAUUCCUACAGGUAA